AAGGCACUCAUUACGGGGACCAACGAGAAGCCCGAAGUCUGAUGCUGCUCUCAACCUCGCCUAACUUUCAUAUGAUUGAAGAACAAGAUGUUAAUAGCUUUGUUGUGCCGAAUGAUUCGAUUCCUCGUGUUGAAAGAAUUAAUCGCUUCGCCCCGGGUACCGACAUGCCUCAAGCAGAGAUCAACUUGCCGCUUGUCGAUACCGACAUCCCCAUGACGUCGGUCUUGCCUGAAACAUCAACUGAAAUCCUCGAUCAAGGACAAUCUUUUCAUGAAAAAGACGUAGAAAUGCCUGAGGAUAUGGACCCAAGGAUGCAGUUCAAAGAUGGAAACCAUCAUGUUCGAGCAGAACCUGUUGAAGAUAUUGAGAUCAUUUACAUGGACGGGUCAGAUCAACAGAAAUUGCUACGUAUUGGGGCCAACCUACAAGAACCCAUUCGGUCAAAUUUGAUUCAAUUCCUCCAGUCAAACACUGACGUAUUCGCUUGGAAGCAUGAAGACAUGAAAGGCAUCGACCCACAGAAGGCAUGCCAUCGUCUCAAUUUGGACAAGACUGUCAAACCGGUUAUUCAGAAACGUCGGAAAUUUGGCCCAGAUCGCCAGAAGGCCCUUGAAGAAGAGGUAAACAAGCUCAUAGAUAAUAAAUUUGUCAAGGAAGCCAAGUACCCGACGUGGAUAUCAAAUCCUGUUUUGGUUAAGGAAGCCACCGGUCUUUGGCGUCUCUGUAUAGAUUUCUCAGAUUUGAAUCAAGCGUGCCCGAAAGAUAGCUACCCCAUUCCACACAUCGAUUACAUGGUAGACGCUACGUCGGGACACCAACUUAUGAGUUUUCUGGAUGCCUAUUCAGGCUAUAAUCAGAUUCCCAUGCACCCUGAUGACGCUGAGCAUACCUCGUUCUAUUCAGCUCGAGGCCUUUAUUGCUAUGUUAUGAUGACUUUCGGGUUGAAGAAUGCAGGGGCCACAUAUCAAAGAUUGGUCAAUAAACUGUUUGCUCGCUUAAUUGGCCAUACCAUGGAAGUUUAUGUAGACGACAUGUUAGUGAAGUCGGAACAGGCCCCUGACCAUAUCGCUCAUCUCUCCGAAGUCUUCGAUAUACUCCGAGAAUAUUCCAUGGUGCUUAACCCCAAGAAGUGUACUUUCGGAGUUGGAUCAGGGAAGUUUCUAGGAUACAUGGUGAGUCAAAGAGGGAUCGAAGCCAAUCCCGCCAAGAUUCAAGCCAUACUUGACCUAGCUCCUCCGACAUCUCUCAAAGGUGUCCAAGCUUUAACUGGUCGACUGGCGGCCCUUAAUCGGUUUAUUUCAAAGUCAACAGAUCAUUGCAAACCGUUCUUUGACGCUAUUAAAAAGAAGACACCGUUUGAAUGGACCAUGGAAUGCCAGAAUGCUUUUGACAACAUUAAACAAGUUCUCUUACAGUUACCGACGUUACAAAAGCCACUUCCUGACGAAUCUCUCUAUUUGUACCUUGGUGUGAGUAACGUUGCUGUUAGUGCUGUUCUUAUACGACAAGAUGGACUCCAACAGUUUCCGGUAUAUUAUGUUAGCAAGGCUUUACAUGACGCUGAAUUGCGAUAUCCACAUAUGGAGAAGUUGGCCUAUGCCCUGGUCAUUGCUGCACGGAAGUUGCGCCCAUAUUUUUUAGAGCAUUCAAUUGUUGUGUUCACGACAUACCCUCUCCGACAAGUCCUUCACCGACCUG